AUGAUUUCUCUUUCCUCUGGUGAGUUCCUAUUGGGGCUUCUAGGGAAUGGCUUCUUGGCAGUGGUGAACUUCAUUGACUUGGUGAAGAAUAAGAAACUGUCAACAGGAGAUCUCAUCCUGGUCAGCUUGGCCAUCUCCAGAAUAUUUCUGUUGUGCCUAACAACAAAGAUGUUCUCUCAACAUUUAUCAUUUUCACCUGUCACAGAGACAGGUAAACUGAACACAGUUGAUGUCUUCUGGAUAUUGGCCCACUUCUCAAAUGUUUGGUUUGCUUUUUGCCUCAGCAUCUUCUACUUCCUCAAGAUUGCCAGCUUCUCCCACUCCAUCUUUCUCUGGCUGAAAUGGAGAAUCAACAGGGUGGUCUUUGUUUUACAAGGGGGGCAUGUACUCAUCACCUUGCCUACUUUAUAUCUAUUGUUGCAGAAAUUUAAUGAUCUCUAUAAGAAUCAGAUAAUUGUUGGAAUCAAGAGAAAUGUAUCCCAGGAUGCCUCAGAGAUUAAAAGUUUAUCAUUUCUCUUCACAAUUUCCUUUAAUCUGGUGAGUCUUUUGCCUUUUACUCUGUGUCUGGUCUCCUUCUCCCUCCUCAUUAUAUCCCUUUGGAGACACACUCGGCAAAUGCAACUCAAUGCCACAGGAUCUAGAGACCCCAGCAUGGAAGCCCAUAUUCAAGCCAUGAAAACCAUGUCUUCCUUCCUUAUCCUUUUUUUCCUGUGUGUCUAG